AUGAGUGAAAAUAUGGCUAAGAACGAUUUAGUAAAGUUACUUAGAGAAGAGAAAUGGGCAGAACUUUUAGUGGAAAAAUUAGAAUUUGAAUUAAAUUUUUGUCGUGAGCCGGAAUUUACCACUUUGUCAGAUAAAAAUGAUGAAACUUUUACCCUUUCAACUUAUUUGAAUAAAUUAAAAGAGAGAUUAGAAGUUUUGAUUGAGAUAAAAAGCAAAUAUGGAAGGGUUAAAGAAACCAAAACUUUUGCCGCCAGAUUUGAAGAACGAUUAACCGCCUUCUACAAGCAAGCCAGAGCGAGAUUUUUAAGAAAUAAUGAUACUUUUCAACUUGAAAUUUUAUUCACAAAUUUUACAGCAGAAUUAGAUGAUUUUUUAAACAGAAUAAAUUUAGAGCACGAGACAGUAAAAUUUCUACGUGCGGCCUUAGUGGACUUUGCGCAGCAGUUGGCCAAUGCUGGUAGUCCCGAUGAUUUUCAGAACCUUUUCGCCGAAUUU